AUGGAGGUUUCCUACAUCAACUCCUCCCUGCUCUUCAUCUCCCACCGACCCAUGAACAGCACCUCCGAGCUGACGGUGUAUGACACCUGCAGAACCAUGCCUGCUGUUCUCAUCUGUUACCUGGGCCUGCAGUUCAUCAACAUGUUCCUGGGCAUCCCGGCCAACCUCAUGGUGCUGUGGCUCAUCCACAGGAACAAGGGGGACUCCUGCACCUCAGAUAUCUUCAUCUCCCACCUGGCGAUUUCAGACCUGCUCUUCUGUCUUAUCCCUCCGCUAGAGCUGGCCAACAUCGUCUUCCUCACCACCAGCAGCACCUGGUACGUCCUGCGCUUCUUCUACGGCAUCAAAGACUCCUCGCCUCUCUUGCUGUCCUGUAUCUGCCUGGACCGCUACAUGGCCGUGGUUCACCCCAUCACCUUCACCGAGCUCAAGGACAGAAACCACAGAGCGAUCCUGGCCAUCAUCGUCUGGGUCAUCACCCUGGCCUACGCAGCGGCUAAAUGUGUGGGCAACAUUGUCAACUUCGAGAAGGUCUUCACGGGGAUGAUCCUCGCAUCCUUUGCGUUCAUGGUGUUCUGCAACAUUUCCAUCCUCUGGGUGCUGAAGCAGUCUGGGCCGGCCAGAGACGAGAUGCAUCCCGUGAAGAAGAGAGCCUUCAAGAUGGUCCUCAUCAUCUUGGCCAUCAUUGUGUUCAACUACUUCCCGCCUGUCGCACUCUUCCCCUUCCAGGACUACUUCUCUCCGGACGUGUUCCGCUGCUACAUUCACUACGUGGCCUUCGGUCUGAUGGACUUCAGCAGCAGCAUUCAGCCCAUGCUCUAUCUGUCCAAGGUGAAGCUCAACUGCUGCCACAGAGGCAACACCGAAAUUCAAUAG